CUUGUUUCAGUUGCAACGAGAGGAGAUAUUGAACAACAUGAAAAUCUUCACUGUUCUCCUUUGUUUAAUUCCAUAUGCAGGUGUGCUUGGAUUCCUACAGGUGCAAUGGCUGCGCUGUCGACUGACAGAUGAGUAUGUAUGGACAAAUGCUGAGGGACACGUUGAAACUAAUAACAGCUACAGAGAUGCUGUGUUGCAGUUUGACAACUCAGGGAACAGCGCUAUGUUGUCUGACUCAAUCACGUUCCUUGUUGCAGCAUCUAAGGUGGAUAUGAGGAAGUUUGUGGAGGGUCCGGUGGAUCGACUGCAGUGUGACAUCCACAGGUACAGCAAAGGGAUUAGCCGUGUGCGCUGGCCAAGCCUGGGAGGAACGGCGCACGACAUCUGGUUCACCUGCACGCUGCGGCACACCGCAGGCCUCUACAACAUCACCUCCUUCCUCAGAGUCACCCCGGCCACGACCAUGUCGGCCCACCAGCCAGACUUCUUCAGCUGGCUCACCAUCGGAGUUAAAGAAAAAAUAAGCGCCUCAGCUGUGAUGGUGCUUAUGACCCGCUCUCCAUCCGUGCGGGUCGGCCUGCAGAAAGAGACGACCCUGCACUGUCAGUUUGCUGUGGACCACAAGGUCCCUCACCUUACAGUCGAGUGGCAUCUACAGCGGCACGGAGAGCGCCGGACCAAGCUGUUCAGCUACUCCAGCAGCUCAGGUCAGACAGAGGGCAGCGGGGUGGCAGUGAAGGGCAUUGCUGGGGGGGAUGCCUCCCUGACUGUGCCCAUCACCAAGGUGAGCAGUGAGGGGAUGUACUUGUGUUCCGUCCGCGUACCCCCACUCAACGGGAGCGUGGACAUCGCGCUGCACAUCAUAGAGCCUCCUGAUGUUUCCUUGACCACAAAGGAGGAGCAGAUCCCCAGCGUAGUGUGUGAGGCUAAUGGCUUUUACCCCCUGGACGUGGAGAUUGACCUUUUCAAGGAGACCAGCAGUGGUCAACGGCCUGAGAAGCUGGGGAACGUCUUGCACUCUAGUCACCUCCAACAUCAUGACGGUACUCACUCUUUGGCAGCCUUCGUCCGGCUGCGGCCCUCCCCUCAGGACUCGGGGUGCGCAAUCUAUUCCUGUAGAGUGUCACACGUCUCCCUGCAAGGUCUGUACAUCCACAAGAGCAUUAUCGGCCCAGGCUGUUGGACUUGGUUUCAUCUGACCUUGCCUGGAUUGGUAUGCCUGGUUUUAAUGAUAAUUUUCAUAGCAGUAACAAGACGACGUUUUUUUAACAAGACAGUAAGAAGACGAUAAAAGAAAGACGAAACAAGAAAGUCUCCACCUCCUUGUUCCCAUUUGCAGCUCAGUGCUUCAUUUGGACAUUUUGGGUGUGUGAAGUACCUUUAUUGUUUGUUUAAUUGCUUGUAUUUAAUAAUUACUACACUGUUUCUGGAUUGUGUGUUUCAACAGUUCUAUACUUGCUUUGGUAUUUAUUAUUCACAUAACUUGACCUAUGAAGAAUUAUCGAUUCAUCUCAAUACAACAUUUUAUUAUGUCCUAUUUUCCAAAUUAAUUUCUUAUGUAGACUGUAGUUAUAGCGGUAAAGUCCACUGGUCAUAUUACCCAUGUACAGUACCAGUCAAAAGUUUGGACACACCUACUCAUUCCAGGGUUUUUCUUUAUUUUUACUAUUUUCUACA